AUGAAGAAGGGAAACCAAGAUUACCUUCGUGACAAGACUCCAAACUCUGCCCUUCUUGCCAUGCAACUCAAUGAUCCUAAUUAUCAACUCGCUGCCUCUUUGGACGAGAAGAAAGGAUCGGGACAGGAGACAGCUUCGCCUCCACCGUUUAGUCUCACGAGUGCAGCGACUGGAUCAGUCCAAGAGCUUCGUAGCUUACUGUUUAUGACGGCAACCACAGUUCCCAGAGUCCUAGAACCUGAUGACGAUGCUGAUCCAUCAUAUGCGGAUCCCAUCGUGUCCCCUUCGGGCCGCAAACUCUUGGGAUUCAACUACCAAGGAAAAGUAUUGGCCCCCCGAUCUUCGCGUCUAGCUGGUCCUCCUGUGUACAAGUGCAACGUAUACUCCCUCCAGCAAAAUUUCAUCAUCCAAAGCAAAGAUUGCAUUUCCCAUGACAUUGUCUUCUCAGUCCUCGUUUCGCAUAACGAGUACAGCAGCUACCAACUUACUGAGUUCGACAUAGCGAUUGAACUUGGUACAUCGGAUGAGGAGAACUGCAUCAUGGAAACUUACGUGGGUCCUGGUGCUAGCAUGUUGAGCAAUCUUCGCUUCAAUGUACUCAUGUCUUUUACCACAAUGUCUGUUACGGAGAGGAAGUGUUUGUUGUCAAGGGUUAUUCCUCGAAGUCAUAAGGGAUGGAUCAGAAUGCAAGAUGUUCAGGAGAUGAGCUUUACACUGACUCUGGCUCAGCUUAACAACUUUGGAAUGAAUAGGAGGUUUUCUUUCUAUACGUCUGCGUAUUGCAAGUUUGAUCACGAAGAUGAUCCCAUCACUCAUUACUUUGAGGAUUCGAUGACGAGGGGUUAA